CUCCGUCUCGCAGCUCGUCUCUGUGAGGCAACGAAAACCAAAACUUUCAAAAGAAUUUCUCUCCUUGAACGAUGAGUAACAGCAUCAGAAGUCGCAGUGAGCUCCUGCGGGAUGAUGAAUGUCUUAUCAACCAGAAACUUCCAAAGGAGGACACUUUAAGGAUAUUUUCAUACUUGGAUGUCGUCAGCUUGUGUCGAUGUGCCCAGGUUUCAAAGGCUUGGAAUCAACUUGCGCUAGACGGCAGUAACUGGCAGAAAGUAGACUUGUUUAACUUCCAAACAGAUGUAGAGGGUAAAGUCGUAGAAAAUAUUUCCAAACGUUGUGGGGGCUUCCUGAAAGAUCUGAGCCUUCGCGGUUGCCAGAGUGUCACAGAUGACGCUCUCAACACAUUUGCACAGAAUUGCAAAAAUAUAGAGGUGCUUAAUUUGAGCGAUUGCAAGAAGAUCACAGACAAGACAGCAAUCAGCCUCAGCAAGUACAGUAGCAAACUCAGUCAACUCAAUUUAGAUUCCUGCACAUCCAUCACAGACCAGGCACUCAAGUUCUUAAGUGAUGGUUGCCCGAAUCUUAACAAUCUCCAUGUAUCGUGGUGUGACCGUCUUUCGGACAACGGCAUCGAAGCGCUGGUCAGAGGGUGUCCCAGGCUAGCUCUGCUCAUCUGUAAAGGUUGCCAUCUGUUAUCAGACGACUCACUGGUACAUAUAGGAAACCACAGUCCUCAUCUGACAACACUUAAUGUACAAGGAUGUGCGUUGCUGACAGAUGAUGGUAUGCAGAAACUGGCACGAGGUUGUCGGGAAUUACAGUCACUAUGUCUAUCAAGUUGUACACACCUCACUGAUGCAACGCUAGUAGCCCUCAGUACGUGCUGUCUCAAACUCAGGACGUUGGAAGUAGCCAGUUGUUCACAAUUCACAGAUAAUGGAUUCUUAGCAUUAGCAAGAACGUGUUCGGAAUUAGAAAGAAUGGACCUUGAAGAAUGUUCACUGAUAACUGACGCGACGUUGUUACACAUGGCCAAUGGAUGCCCCAAAAUGCAGAAAUUGAGUUUUUCCCACUGUGAGCUCAUCACAGAUGAAGGGAUCCGUCACCUUGGAACCAGUGCUUGCGCAACGGAACACCUACAAGUCAUCGAGCUGGACAACUGCCCCCUGAUCACGGACGUGUCGCUAGAGCAUCUGAUGGGCUGUCAGAGUUUGCAGCGGAUUGAGCUCUACGACUGCCAGUUGAUAACGCGAGCCGGCAUCAGGAGACUCAGGGCACAGCUUCCUGACGUAAAAGUUCAUGCUUACUUCGCACCUGUUACGCCGCCCCCCUCAGUGGGAGGGGGGCGCCCUCGUUACUGUCGAUGUUGCACGAUAAUCUAAAAGACCAAAUCAGUCAUCCUCCAGCAAGAUCCAGCAAGAUACCGGAGGUAAUUGAAAUCAAAAACAAGCCUUAAACAAGAGAAAAUUUGCUAAAUAAUGUGCAUCGCUGUGUACUUUUAACGUCCAUGGGGAGACUGGUGAACCUCAUAUCGGCUGAUAGAGGGCGCUGUUUGUUCUUCCCUGCAUACAGGGAAGUGAGUGGAGAAUGGGAGCUGCAUUUUCUAGUCGGCAUGUGAUAGGGUAGUCAUUGGUGAGAUAGGUCGAAUUUUAAGAUGGAUGGUCAAUCUAAGAACUACAUCCUUGACGACUGUCCUUAUAUGCCACACGUGGCUGAUAUUAUCAGAUUUUUUAAAACUUUGUCCCUCUUUUUUUUUUAUACAUGCCUGGAAAAAUGCUACUAAAUAGAAUAUUGUUAUUUUUGGUUUAGAAUUGGAGAUUGUGUGUUCACACAGGAUAUAUAUACGAUUGGAAUUAUAUCAAAUCAGGAUUUAACCUUCACGUUGACUGUUUCCGUUGGAAGUGGAAACUAUUGGUAAUUACUCAAAAUAAUUGUUAUCAUAAAACCUUACUUGGUAAUGAGUAAU